UUCUACUGAAAAGGUUUAUUGAGAGGUUUCUUUGCUUCGAUUGGCGUGACACUCCGUUUUCUUAUCGCUUAAUCUCUGCGACAGCAAAGUGGCAAGAUAGAACGCCCUCUGGGGAUGCGAUGCCCGUAAAGAAUUUCGACCUCGAUAAGUCGCUUUAAGAAAAAGUGACGAGGCUGUGCACGGCCAGUUAAGAGGGGAGCGGUGAGACUUGGAGGGGCGAUUAGAGAGCCGGGAGUCCUCCCCGGGAGCACGUGAGAACUCCAGAAAGGGGCGGGGCUUGGGAAUUUCACCGCUCAGAGAGGCGGGUUCCGCUGCGUCGGAUCUGGCGUGGAAACCUGUCUCUGCUGGCGCAUGCGCAGUGCGAACCUUCCCUUCGGCUGCUUUCAGCUUUCAGCAUGGAAUUCUGCUCCGCGAGGCGAGCAGUCCUGCAGCUGCUGCGUACGGUGGCUCCCGCAGACCUCCCAGCGCUGCUCGAUUGGAUGCGAACUACCCGAGACUUUGAUGAAUUCACUGAAGAUAAUAAUGACACUAUGCUGAAGAACAUAGCAGAGGACCUUCGGAAUUGCUUACCUCUAGAAACCAUGCUUUCCUCAGAACAUCUAGCCCUCCAAAAAAUACGGCAGCAGCCAGAACCCACAGUUCACGUUGAUGCAUUCCUUUAUGAUGAAGACUUUAUUGAUUCAUUAUGUGAGGAAGGAAAAAUGAGCAGAAACUACUGCAUGGUGUGUGGCUCACGCCAGACGGCUCCUUUAGGAUUUAUUUCUCAUUCCUUCUCCCUCAUGGAAUUGAAGUUCAUUUAUCAUCAUGUACUCCCUGAUCUGUCGGGAAAGGUCUUGGUUGACGUUGGCUCCAGGCUCGGCACAGUCCUUUAUGGGGGUUAUCUUUACAGUUCAGCCCUGCAGCUGUAUGGAGUAGAAUUGAAUGGAGACUUUUGCCAGUUGCAGGAAAUGAUCAUAAAAAAAUACCAGUUCACUGACAGAAUAAAGGUGCUUCAUGCGGACAUCUGUACCCAGGGUUCACUUCUGCAAAAUGCUGAUGUUAUUAUCAUGAAUAAUGUCUUCGAAUAUUUUCUUGAUGAGGCAGAACAGGCCAGAGCCUGGGAACAUAUCAGCCAUAAUGUAAGGAAACAAGGAUCAUUAUUAGUAACAGUACCAAGUCUUGAAGAUUCUCUGUCAGGCCUUCAGAUUAAUAUACAGUUAUCUUCCUGGGUUGAAGAGGUACCACUGAACUACAAUGUAUACCCAGAAAACCAUAUUGACAGAGAAGCUCUCGAACAAAUUCAUCUGUAUAAGAUUCUCUAACGUCAGAAUAGUCCUACCUCAAUGUAGUGGUUUGUUGAGUAUAUUACAAAUUAAUAAAAAAGAAACAUCACCCUGAUACUCUAACACAUAUUUCUAUAUAUUCCUUUCUAGACUUUAUAUGUAUGUUUACAUAUUUGUAAAUAGUCUUAUGGGUAUAUAUACACACACAUAGUUGUGUAUAGACACAUAGUUGUGUCCAUAUACAACUUUGAUUUCUGUGAUAAUUUAAUUAAAAUAUUUAUCUGAA